CCCCCGCCCCCGAGCGCGUGCGCGUUCAGACCUGCCCCGCACGCCACCUAGCGCGCCCGGUGCCCGCGUGUGACGGACGGCGACAGUGCUGGUGUUUUGUUCGGUGACGAUCAUGCGAUGCAGGAGCGAGAAGAAGUGUGUUUUUUGGAACGUUUCGAGUCGGUGUCUCGCCACUCCCCCUCACCCUGUCAUCGCAGCGUCUGUCCGGACUUGCUCUUGGUCCAAUUUCGACGUUGCUAGGUGUAGUGAAUAGUGCCGUGGAAGACAUUCUUUUCAACGUAUAAAUGUUGCGAUACAUACUCCGAAAACUUUUUCGAAUUUUACUUGUGUGAAGGGCAGCUGUACUACAAGAGAACAUUAAUUCCGACAGAAAUUAUUUAGUGUUUUCGAGUUUUCUUAAAGCGAGAGACGGGAAGAGGUUUACGGGUAUGUGCCAGCAGUCGCCCCUGACUACACAUUGCUUCAUUUUAAGAAGUUAUUGUUUAAGUGUUACUACAGCGACUGGAUUACACUUUGUAUGUCAGGUGUUGCAACUUGCUCGAAUCAGAUAGAAUAUACUUUCUUCUUAGUGAACUAGUUUUAAGAUUCUGUUUGUGUAGUGAGAUAAAAGAAACUAAACGAGAUUAUUUGGAUCACGUUCAUUCUGAGCUGGAUGCUUGUUUUCUUGUAUGUUUUUGCAACACUAUUAUAGAAUUAUUCCCCGAACAUUUUCUAUGUCUAUCAGUGAAUGAUUUCUUACAAGAACUGUUGCAUCACAGAACUCUCCCUAUUGUGUCUGUUCAGCAUUUAGAAACUUUCAGAUAUCAGUAGUCAAGUAAAGUCCAGUCAAUAGUAAAAAUUACAAACAUUGUAUUUACGAGAUACGACAGAUUUAGGAGAACGGAGAAAAAACACAUUCAGUAUUGUCAUUUCGUUUCACGAACACACGUGACUCAUUUUGAUCACUGACUCGAACUUUGACUCAUCUGACCCGUACGUACUCCGCGCGUUAAGAAACUACACGUGACUUUUACAUCAAUAAUUGGAUAACCGAAAUAUUCUGCAACACCCGACUGCAACAUUAAGAAAGAAGCGGCAGCUAUGAGGCAGUCAGCUGAAAUGCUUUUUUCCUGAGGAGCAUAAUGGAACCCUUCCUGUACCUGCUGGUGCUCACGUGCUUCCUGUUCGUGGUGCUGAACGUGCACCAGCCCGAGCUGUGGGCGCGCACCAUGGCCGUGGUGGAGCUGUCUCCCGCGGCGGGACCCACCGGCUCCCCCGGCCCGGGCUCCGCCGCCGCCGCCCCCGGACCCGGGCCCGGCCCCGGCCCCGGGCCCGAGCCGCCGGCGCCACCCGGGCCCGACAGCCCGCCCCUGCCCCGCUGGCCGCACACGGACGUCGACCCGGAGAAGAUACUCAAUUUGAAUCAGCCAGAUACUGUGUUAAACGAAACAAAUAAAUUCACAAAUCUUCAAAGUGGAAAUCAUAUCAAUCAAUAUAAAAUAAUAAACUUAAUUAUAUAUUAUAGAAUUAUUUGGGUGGUAGAUAAAGGGGUCAGUAAUAUAAAAAACGACGAAUUCCCAGCACGAAACUUCUUUUUCAGUCCUAACCUUUUUGCAUUAAAUAGGCAAGGCGAGAAAUAUAAUUCAUUUCAGAGAAAAAGUAUUGAAGAGAAUGUUCGGUUGCAAAUCUUACAAAAAAUCCCCAUUUUUCUAUCUAAAUCAGAAAAUAAAACAAAAAAAAUAGUUACUUAUUAUCCUUUUUCAAAAGUUUCAAUUUUUAUUGAAAUAAAUGACAAAGCCUAA